CCCCGCAACCACCUUUUUCUGACAAGAGCUACCUUAGUCCCUCAUCUGCACUGGGGGCAGGGGCAUGAGUGAUACCGAUGCCUGCUGCAGAGAUGGAUGACUUCCGACGGUCCUACGCUAGGCUGUGCAAGGAGAGUGGUGCUGAGCCACAAGAGAGUGUCCUGCAGCACUUGCAAGAGGCGACAGGGAGAAGUCGCAUGGAUUUUGCCACGCACAGCCUUUCCGUGGACACGUGUAUGGUCCUGGGCAAGCUCCUGCAGGACGAGCUCCAGUUCACCGAGAUUGUGCUGAGUGACUGCAUGCUGAGUGAAGAAGGGGCUAAGCUACUACUUCAUGGACUUUGCACUAACACAGUCGCUAAAUCCUUGGACCUGAAGGGCAAUAACCUGCGAGCUGUGGGAGCUGAAGCUCUGGCAAAACUGCUCAGGCAAAACAAGUCUGUCAGGAGCCUCACUUUAGAAUGGAACAACUUGGGUAUCUGGGAGGAAAGCUUUGCCUUGUUCUGUGAAGGGCUUGGAGCAAACUGUACUCUACAACGCCUGGAUCUGCGCAAUAAUCAGAUCAACCACCAGGGUGCAGGAGAGCUCUCCAUGGCACUGAAAAACAAUUCCAGUCUACAGGAACUUGAUCUGCGUUGGAAUAACAUUGGGCUUCUAGGGGGGCGUGCGCUCCUGAAUUGCCUGCAUAGCAACCGGGUACUCCGACAACUUGAACUGGCUGGGAACAAUAUACCCAGUGACAUCCUGAAGGCUGUGGAUCAAGCUAUGGAACGCAACCAAGAGCGUCAGAACAUCCUCUGUAAAAGUCAUAACAUGACACGUGUUCUCAGUAAAGAGGUGCUGUGCUUGAAGGAGGAGAAAGCAAAACAGUUUCUGGAUCUUAUGGACACUGUUGACAGACAGAGAGAGGAGAUAACCCGCAGCAACAGGGUAUCAGCGGCACGAGUCGGGCAGCUGCAGGAAGCCCUGACUGAACAGCAUUCUGUGCUGAACUCGCUAAAAGCAAAGCUCCAGAUGACUGAGGCAGCCUUGGUUCUGUCGGAACAGAAGGUGCACAGUCUGGGUGAGUUGCAGAGUACGGCAAAGGAGGAGCAGGCAAGACUCGUGGAGAGCCAUGCCAAGGAGUUGCAGCAGCUCAAGAAGGAUUCUGCUGAUCGAGAAGCAAGGCUUCACCAUGACCUUUCAGCUGCCAGUGAAAAAAAUCUCCUGCUCAGGAAUGAGGUGGAUGAACUGGAAAGAAAGUGCAAAGGGCAGCAGGAGCAGCUGUUUCAGGUGAAGGAGACCCUGACCCACACGACGGCCGAGCUGAAGCUGCGGGCUGUACAGGCUGAAGAGCGCUUGGAGAUGGAGAAGAGGAGGUUCAAGCAGAGCCUUGAGGAUGCAGAGUCCCUUCGGCUAAAGGAGGUAGCUCAAAUGACACAUCACUUGGAGGCAAUCGAACAUUCCCUGCAGGACAGAGUCCAGAGACUGGAAACUAUCCGCAUAAGGCUUGAGGAGGAACUGAGCCAAGUGAAGGCCGCUGCGGUUGUGGAACAGGGCCGGGUUGAGGAGGAGCUCAUCAAAGCCAAACACCAAGCCAGGUUGGAAGAGCAACAGCAAUUGGACCACCUGAAGGAAAAGCUGCGUCUGAUGGCACAGUCCCGCGAUGAGGCGCAGAAUUACUGCCUGCAGCAGAAACAAGCUGUGGCUGAGGCACUUGGAAAGGAGAGCCAGCUGAGCGUGCAACUGGAGGGACUCAAGAGACGGAUGGAAGAGCUUCAGCAGGAGCUGAGCAGCAAGGAACAGGAGAAAGUGGCUGAGGUCAACAAGGUGCGAGUGGAGCUGCAGGAGCAGAUUGGACACCUGGAAGCUGAGAGGACAGCGCAGGAAGGCCUGCGAGAGAAAAUUUCAGCCCUGGAGCGGCAACUGAAAGUGCUGUCCAGUAAUCACCGGGAGGCGCUGUUGGACAAAGACAGUGAAAUAUCAAGCCUGCUGGAGAAGCUGCGAGUUCGAGAGGCAGAGAUCUCCAGGAUGAGGGAAGAGGAAGCUCAGAGAGCCAGUUUUCUUCAGAAUGCCAUUAUGACCUAUGUUCAGGGCUCCCCCCUGAGUUCUUUUAUCCCUAAGAAGUGAGCAAUAAGUCUUGAAGGCUCUUGCCCCAACUUCCAUAAACAGGAGUCCAAGAACGAGGAUUGUGGGAUAUCCUGGAUUGUGGCUUGUAUCAUUGAGAGCUCACAACAUUGCAUUGGAUCUUACCUGAGCUUAGGCUGUCAUUCCAGGACUUGAAGUUGUUAUAGAAACCAUUUUCAUGGCCUGUGGCCAAGCCUAGCCUUGUUGAAACCUACAAUCCAUGGUUUAAGGCCCUAAAACACAGCUGUUCAUUCAAGGUUCUAAUCUGUAGCCCAUUAGGGAAGGCCUGUUUUAAUGAGGUAGGGACAAUAAUGUCUCUCUCAGCAUAUUGGGUAGAACUUACACAUUAUCCCCGUGCGAUGAUUAUGCUGUGAUUGUUUCUAGAAAAGCUACAUCGGAGUAGCAAGUGAAAUCUCCACUGUCACAAAUCACUGUUACCAUGCGGUACUUCCUGUGCCACUGGUUCACUUCCAUGGCAGUCGUAGAUGUCAACCCUGAUACAUACAACCUGCAUGAUCACAAGGUGGGGAAUGGUUAAGGCGGGAGCUGCUUGAUAUAAAUCAUUAUCCUGAUUCAUAGCCUUUUUAAAGUGCAUAUAUCAUUUAUGCUCUGUGCCUGGUCAUAGCUCUAUUGCUGAAGCUUUCUGAAGUGCAAGUACAGAGAGCAAGCUACUGGCACCAGCAUGUGAUUUCUUUAGCCUUCGUACUACAGACUGAGUAUCCCAAAAGGCACAAAAGGCUUCCUGGCUUAUUGUUAUUGAGAACAGUCACCCCUCCCCUCUUUACAUGUGACAGAAUUUUAAUAGGUGGAAUGGGAGUUGAGGGACUGGGUUGACUCCUAGGGUUUGCUGUGCUUCUUCCUUCCUGCAGGAGAUGAACUCAGGGAUGGGCAAACUUUCUGUUAAAUUCUAACUCCAACUUUUAAAUCAGGAGGAAAAUUAAAUGCUUAUUUCUGCCUAACGUCAAGGGCCAGUUUACAUUUAGUCCCUCUGUCUCUCUG